AUGUCUCAGCAGGGUUUGAAUAAUGCCAGCAUCCGGAGAAAACUGGUUAUCGUGGGAGAUGGUGCGUGUGGUAAAACGUGUUUAUUGAUUGUUUUCGCGAAGGGAAAAUUUCCUCAGGUUUACGUGCCUACAGUGUUCGAUAACUACGUAGCCGACGUCGAAGUUGAUGGGAGACGCGUCGAAUUGGCGUUGUGGGAUACCGCUGGCCAAGAAGAUUACGACCGUCUGCGCCCCCUCUCAUAUCCUGACUCGAACGUGGUUCUGAUCUGUUUUUCGAUCGACUUGCCAGAUUCCCUUGAAAACGUCAUGGAAAAAUGGAUUUCCGAGGUUCUACACUUUUGUCAGGGAGUUCCAAUUAUUUUGGUCGGGUGCAAAGUCGAUUUGAGAAAUGAUCCUCAAGUCAUCGAAAACUUGCGUGCAAACGGUCAAGAACCCUUGUCGCAAGCCGCUGCCCAAGAAGUUGCGGACCAAAUUGGCGCCGUCGAGUACAUUGAAUGUUCCGCCAAGACCGGUUACGGUGUGCGUGAGGUGUUUGAAGCUGCCACCCGCGCGUCUUUGAUGGGUAAGCAGGGCAAAACUAAAAGCAAGAAAAACAAGUCCUCUACUAAGAAGAAGAAGAAGUGUGUCCUUCUGUGA